UAGGCGGGGGGCGGGCGCGGAGCCUCCGGAGCUGUCCAGGGUGCUGAAGACGCCGGAGCUGUCCGGGGUGCUGAAGACGCCGCGGCCGCCGGAGCUCUUCGGGGCGCUGAAGGACCCGGCAUCAGCGAAGCUGUCCAGGGUGCUGAAGGGUCCGGAACAUCAGGGGUUGACCAGGGUCCUGAAGAAUCGUGGCCCCCCGGUGCUGUCCAGGGUUCUGAAGUCUCCGAAGUCUCGCCGAGCCGCCGAGCCCCACCGAUGCCUCGGACAGGAGCGCUCCCGGGCUCGGCGGCGGCUCCCAGCAGCAUGGCCCGGGUUGGGUACCUCCGGGCGGCCGUCUCGGGAUUUUAUCUGUGGGAAGCCGCCGUGCUGCUCAGCUUGGUAGCCACAAAGGAAACAGACAGCGCAAGAUCUCGCAGCAUGCCAAUGUCACCAUCUGAUUUCCUGGAUAAGCUAAUGGGGAGGAUGUCAGGCUAUGAUGCAAGGAUCAGACCAAAUUUCAAAGGCCCUCCAGUUAAUGUCACAUGCAACAUAUUUAUAAACAGCUUUGGAUCCAUUGCAGAGACAACCAUGGAUUACCGAGUGAACAUCUUUCUCCGUCAGAAUUGGAAUGAUCCACGCCUCGCGUACAGCGAAUAUCCAGAUGACUCUCUAGACUUAGAUCCAUCCAUGCUGGAUUCAAUUUGGAAACCUGAUUUGUUCUUCGCUAAUGAAAAAGGUGCCAACUUUCAUGAAGUUACGACAGAUAAUAAGUUGUUGCGAAUUUUCAAAAAUGGAAAUGUACUUUAUUCCAUCAGAUUGACUUUAAUACUGUCCUGUCCGAUGGAUCUCAAAAAUUUCCCAAUGGAUGUGCAAACAUGUAUAAUGCAGCUGGAAAGCUUUGGAUACACAAUGAAUGAUCUCAUUUUUGAAUGGCAAGAAAAGGGAGCAGUUCAAGUAGCAGAAGGUCUCACCCUGCCACAGUUUCUGUUGAAAGAAGAAAAGGAUUUAUGCUACUGCACCAAGCACUACAAUACAGGAAAGUUCACAUGUAUUGAAGUCCGAUUUCACCUUGAGAGGCAGAUGGGUUACUAUCUCAUCCAGAUGUACAUACCGAGUCUCUUGAUCGUCAUUCUCUCCUGGGUGUCGUUUUGGAUCAAUAUGGAUGCAGCUCCAGCCAGAGUGGCUUUAGGCAUAACGACGGUACUGACGAUGACAACCCAGAGCUCAGGUUCACGAGCGUCUCUUCCAAAGGUGUCGUAUGUCAAAGCGAUUGACAUCUGGAUGGCUGUGUGUCUGCUCUUUGUAUUUUCUGCGCUCUUGGAGUACGCAGCUGUAAACUUUGUGUCAAGGCAGCAUAAAGAACUGCUGCGAUUCCGCCGCAAGAGGAAGAAGAGCAAGGACGAUGACAUGAGGGACAGUCAGUUUAGUUUUACAGCAUACGGAGUGAGCCCGUGUCUGCAAGCAAAAGAUGGAGUGACACAAAAGGGGCCAAACAAUCCUGCUCAAGCUGCACCAAAAAGCCCUGAAGAGAUGAGAAAGGUAUUCAUCGAUCGGGCCAAGAAGAUAGACACAAUAUCCAGAGCUUGUUUCCCGCUAGCCUUUCUGAUCUUCAAUAUUUUUUAUUGGGUAAUUUACAAAAUCAUCAGGCAUGAGGACAUUCACCAAUAAGGAGAUCAAGGCGCGCGGUACACCCAGUUCAACGGGAGGCUUUCUGUUAGAAACGCGCACCCGAGGAGUGACCGGGAGAGUUAAAGGCAUUGAGGGGGAACAAAAACCGCAACGAUCCUGCAUGGCCUGCAAUGCCCGGUUGCAUUGGAAUGGAAGAAUGACACACAGAGAAGACACAUCUGCUAUUGCAAACGUUCCGUGUCAAACUAAAUAUUAACUUUUUCAUUGUAAAUCACCCUCUGCUGAAGCUUUACUGCCAAGUAUUUAUACAUACUGUUACAUAGUGGUAUAAUUGUACAGUAAUCUUUGAUGUUCCUUCAAUUUUUUUAAUUCUGGUGUAUUUUUAAUUAAAAAAAAAAUGGAUCCAGAAUACCCUACUCAAAUCCCGCAGUAUAACAGAAUAGAUUAGUAUUUGUAACCUUUAUUUCCAUUUUACAAGAUAAUGACAAUUUACUGAUUUGAGAUUACAGUUUUAUGGACUUUUUCUUGUCUUAGGGACAGUACCUGUGGCUUUGCAAUGAGCACAUUUGACACAUUUAAGUUAUAUGAUUUAUUCAGUGUACUUCACAUUACCACUCCCCUGGAAGGUGUGUGUUGAAAUAAUCCCAGACAGCACAAGGUAUCUACAGCCUAAUAGUCUCCAUAUCACAUGGGAAAUAUAUUAAAAUUUGCAAAGUAUUUAUUCUUGCAAAGGAUUUUUUUUCUUUUAAUUACCUACACUUUGAUAAUCGAAACUUACAGUAUUUUUUAAUCCUUUUUCUAUUUUUGAAGGGUUUUUUUUUUCCUCAAUGGAUAAAACGCAUACAGCUUUUGAGAUAGAUAAAUUACAUCAAAAUUUUGCAAUGCUUCAUUUCGAUUCAAUGCAAAGAGAUCUUGGACCAAAAUUAAAAGCAAAUAGUCAGCUGCUUCCCUGAAACAUUUGGAGGACAAGUAGAGCUGUGUUUAUGCACACUUAUCUCCGACAAGUUACAUAAAUACAGGAAGUUUAAUUUGUGAAUAUGUCAAGUUUUCUGUCUCAUUCUUUGAAGUAUAUUGAUAUGACUCAGAUACUGGUAAAGAAGCACUUCACAACUUUGGAAAAAACAUGGAACUCUUGUAAAACAUGAAAAAGGAUCUGGAUGGUCUUUUACAUUUAUUAUACUUCACAUUAAUUAAUUGGAGAACAAUUAUCAAAACUCUUAGAGAUUUUCCCUCUUUAGGAUUAAAUAUCUCAUAUUAGUUUCUUCUUUGAAUUAUAACAGAAUAGAUCAUAUUUAAGGCAGGGCUUGUAGGCAAGAGUGUUUACUUUAGCCAAUCUUCUCUACUGAAAACCAAAAACAUGCUAAGAUAUGGAAAUCUGACAUUUAGAAUUACUGGGUACUUUGAGUCCAGUAGCUGAGGCUGUUUCUCAUUGCAAAAUAUUUUUAUUUUGAACACGUUUUAAAUUUUUUGGUUUGUUGUUGCUCAGAAUGUGUAUACAAAAGCAAAAUACAGCUGGAGGCAAACAUCUGGUGCCCUGCCAAAGGCAUGGUGCAUAUGAAGUAACCGAAGCGAUGUAACUCUGCUCCGAGGAUUAUAACAUAGCAACCUUGGCCUUGGUUGGGUUUGUUGUUGUUUUCCUUCAAGGAUUCGUUAGACAGAUUCUAAAAUAGUAGUGCUCAUAUUUUGGUCAGCUGUGUCAGAAAGAAGUGGUAUGAUCCUCCUUUAUUUUAAAACAGUAGUAUUUUUUUCUAUUUUUUCCUUCAUUUAUGAACGGAAAUUAAUUCAAUUCACUUUAAACAAUUAUUGUUUGCUGAGGUUGUGUCUUGUUUGUUGUUGAUUUCUUUAUGUGCAGGUUCCAAAAAAAUCCUGUUCACUUAGGAAAGUGCUCAUCUGUGUGAGGGGGUACCACGAACUGAUGGCUGACGUUUCAGCUGGGUUAUAGUCAUCUCUCCCAAAGUUAGAAUUAGCUGUGUCGUAUGAAGAGGGAUAUAAACUUGCUUCUGCUAUCAGUCAAGACAACAGCAUUUUAUUUAAGAGGGAUAUAAACUUGCUUCUGCUAUCAGUCAAGUCAACAGCAUUUUAUUUAAGGACAUAUUCAAGAUCCAUUAUCUUUCAGGCUCAUCCCUCUUCUUUCCUUCUGAAAUAGCUGACUCACAUUCAGUAAAGCAUUCCUCAUUGUCAGGGUAAGUGCAUUAAAAAAAUGCUGGCCAGAUCAGAGUAACUCCUAGUUAUUCUGGUUUAUGAGACUUGAGCACUUGGUUCUCAUUUUGUCUUCCACGGUCAUUCAAUAGUCUGUUGCUCUCGCACAUGAAGUGCUACUUUGCUUUGAAAACAUUAACAAAUUUGAGUAAAGCAGAGCUAAACAAACUUAGUCCUAAUUUCUUUCUUCGCUCUUUAGGGCAGAAAAGGUCUAUGCUCUCAAAUAGAGAAAUCAGACAGGAAACCUUGGAGGUGAUAAAAGAGAGAUCAGAUUACAGCACUGGCAAAGGCAGCAGGGAGUCAGACGGAGUGUAAAUUGCUAAGCAAGAAGGACACGAUCCUUCGUUCAUAUAUGAACCUGUUACCUCAGUCAGGGGCAAGAACCCUUGGGCCGUAUUUCUCUUUGACUAGAGUAUGCUAAUCUAAGGAAUAAUUACAGCAUCUAUAAAAUAAAAAGCAUAAAUCUACAUUAUAAUUCUUUUGUGACCUCCCUAAUGGAUUGUUACCUACGCGUUCUAUUUAAAAUAAAUAAGAUCUGUAGUUUUAAUGACUGGACCUAAUGCUGAGUGUUACCUCUCAGGAUGCGUCCCUUCAGCCAUGCGCUAUGGUGGGAGAGAAGAAGAGGGUCUCAGACCUGGCCAGUGGCAAGUAGAUCCCCUCCUCUGUGUAGUUCUGUUUCUCUUUCAGAGGCCGUUAGCCUACCUCUAUACUGGAAAAUUACGUAUAAGGCUCAGUCUUGUAACAGGGCGCAUUGAAAAUAAAAAGAAUUAAAUACAUUUAAAGUAUCAUUAUGAAAACUCUACAGUGUUGCCAGAACACUUUUUUGAUUUAGCAAUCCAUUAAUACCAAUCAAACAGAGAGGAAAAGCAAAAAAUUGUUCCAUGAGGAUAUUUUCAAAUGCACAUAACGUUUGGCAUGUCUUUCUGCUGCCCUCAGGUAAGAGCUUCUAUUUGAUAUAAUGCAACAAAGGUCUCUCCUGAAAUGAUCGUUUUGGGGUUUUUUUACCAGAACCAUAACAUUUGCCAAGGUGACAGAAGCCUCUGCAGUCGGCUAAAUAGUGUGUUUUUCAAGAAAGAAAGCAGAACUUAAAAUUUAAAUUUCAUUUUGGUUAUUUCUAAACGGCUUAGCGUAAAGUCACGUGGUAAAGAAAGAGAGAAAUGUCAGUUGAGAUGAUAAGAAACUUCAAGGCACAAAUGCCUGCUCUUACACUGAGCAGGGGAAAAGCCCAGCAAUGCCAGCUGGCACGCCAGCCCUCUCGGCAAAGCUGGAACCAACAGCUACUGGCGUCAGCUGAGGUUAGCAUGGGAGACGGUCCUUUUGUCAUUGUAUAACGAAGUGGCAGGGAGUAACAUUAAGAAGACGUAAGACUCGAAAGGUACUCUGCAGUAUUUAUCAGACUGCAGUGUUUAUGCUACAGUCCUGGGAAAGAGGCAGUGGAGGGGAAGAAAAAUAAUCAUCAAGGAGAUAAUGGUUGAGGCACGUGAUACCUAGCGGGGCUUCUGCUACAUCUAGAAAAGAGCCCAUUCAUUAGGCUGAGUAGAUAGCUACCUCACCUUGCUAUCACUGGACCUGGGCUCUGCAGGGUACAGGUCAUAGAAUCAUAGAAUAGUUUGGGUGGGAAGGGACUUUUAAAGUCCAUCUAAUCCAACCCCCAUGCCAUAAGCAGGGACAUGUCCAACUAGACCAGGUUGCUCAGAGCUCUGUCCAACCUGACCUGGAAUGUUCCCAGGGAUGGGGCAUCGACCACUUCUCUGGGCAACCUGGACCAGUGUCUCACCAUAAUCAUUGUAAAAAAUUUCUUCCUUAUAUCUAGUCUGAAUCCUUCUCUUUUAGUAUAAGGCCAUUACUCCCACACAAGAAGGCUUCUUGUGAGCACAACCCCUACGUGACAGGCUAACGCAGCUUUGCCCCAAGUCGUUAUUCACUGUAGGUGCAGACUCAGUGCUGCUCAGGUCAUGGUUUGGUGGUCUCUGGCACUAGAAGACCAUUGCAACACAAUGAAAACUGAGAGAGAAACUGUAGGGUCUGGAGGAAUACUCCCUUCAAAACGUCACCCCUCGACAGGCCAAAUGCUUCAGGACCACGAGAGAGAAUAAGAACAGUCCCUUAGAGACGCAGCAGAGAUACUCUCCUACCACGGUACCAAAUUCUGCUUAACUUCUGAAUAGCAAAGCACAUUUAAUUUUUAAAACCAUAUUCAAAUAUCAACAAUAUAGGCUUGCACGGCUAGAGGGCUGUAUUUUUUCUGUAUAAUGCUGAUAAACUAGAGGAGGCUUGAAGGAGAAAGGGAAGAAGGGAUACUGGUGUUUGACUAUUUAGAAUUUAGCUAUUUUAAUGCCAAAAUAAAGCACUUUCAAGAAGUUUUGACAGCAAACACUAUAAUUUAAGCAGGUUAGUGGAGUUCAGGGAGGACAUGGGAUUUUACUUUUUCAGCUCAAUCAUAUAUUGGUUUUCUUUGGAUUCUCCUUAUUAGAGUUUGUUCCAAAACCUUUUUAUAGGUUGCUCUAUAAAGAAUCCUGUGUGAAGUGUGAGAGAUGAUUCUGUUUCCCCACUAGAAAGACUUAUAUUUAGGUGACUUAGAUGUGCACUUUACAUUUCAGGAGUAAAGUAUUGCUCCCACUUUGUAUUAUAACCCCUUACAGAACUGUAGGUUGAUAAUGUAGAUAAAAUUAGAAUAUACUAAACUGUAAAAAACCUUAUAUUUUUAUCAGUAGGGAAAGAUAAAAAGUCUUCCUUAACCUUAGGAAAGAAGUAUUAUUUUUAGCAAUAAUUUUAUAUUAGAUGGAAACGAAUUUCUUUGUACAGUUCCUAGCCCAAGUUGAGAUGGUUGGUUGCAAUAGAUAGAUAGACUUUCUGCUCUCAUUUGAGCUAUCAUGGGAAUUAAUCUAAUCCAACAGAGCAGAAUUUGGCCUUAAACUGUGAAACUGCCGAAUGAAUAUUAAUUCUUACAGUAUCCCUGUGAGGUAGUAAAAUAACUUUAUCCACAUCUUACUGUACAAUCAUAUGGUUAUUUAGAUGAGAACAAUAUCAGAUCUUCGCAGCUUUUUUUUUCCUUUUUUGAGACAACUAAGAAGAAAAAAAUAAAUCACAAACUAAGCUACUUGUUAAUAAUAAAAUGGGUAUUCGCUUUUGGAGUGGUUGUGGAAAAGGUGCCUUCAGGCAACACACAACACCUACAGUAGUUACUGCAGCACUCUCGGUUGGGAAGGCGUGUGGAAGCAGGUUGGAUUGCUAGCAGCAGUGGGUCAAAUGCCAGAAAAAAGUUGGCUCAUCCUGUAUUCUUGACGUUCUUGGAUAUUACUGCACUUCUUCACUUUCAUCUCUGUGAAAUAUGCAAGAAACAUUUCUUAUGUUUGUACUUUAAUGUACGACAGAGUGCUGUUACCAGACGAAACGGACUCCGGUAGCUACUGAUGUUCCACGAAUGUGUAAUCGUGAGCUGUAUAAAAAGAAAUUGUGCCAUAAGCUUUUGACCUAAAGGUUUAACAUAAUAUACAGUACUUUGUGUGUUAGUGAUCCCAGCUUUUUAAAGGCUACAACAAGAAAAAAGAAAAACAUAUGAUAGUGUAUUAAUAAAUUGUCUGUGAGUUUUCAAAAUAUUCUCCUGUGAAUUCUGUCUGAUGGCAAUUUCAUCUCAAGGUACUUCCUUUUUUGGUAAAACUCUAUAAAUGUGUUGUGCAUGGAUCUGAUUAAAUUCCUUUUUAUUGUAUUACAGUAUCAUAUUGCACUUAAACUGACAUUCUCUGCAGACAGAAGUGUUAAAAUAUGUGAAAUUUAUGGUGUCAGCCAU